GCCGUGCGGGCCCUCGCCGAGCCGGCCCCGCGCCAUGGAGAUUGAGGCGGCCGCCGCCGCGCAGGACAUGAACCUGAUUGACAUCCUUUGGAGGCAAGAUAUAGACCUUGGGGCGAGACGUGAAGUGUUUGAUUCCAGGCAGCGGCAGAAGGAGUAUGAACUCGAGAAGCAGAAGAAACUUGAAAAGGAAAGACAAGAGCAGCUCCAAAAAGAGCAGGAGGAAGCUUUACUGGCUCAGCUGGAGUUAGACGAAGAGACAGGUGAAUUCAUUCCUGUGCAGCCAGCUCAGUGCAUUCAGUCAGAAAAUACCGAGCCACCCGUUGGUUUCGCACAGACCACAGAGCCUUCAAAACCAGAAGCAGAGGCCUUGUCCUUUGAUGACUGCAUGCAGCUCUUGGCAGAAGCAUUCCCGUUUAUAGAUGAGCAUGAGGCUUCUUCAGCUGCAUUUCAGUCACUGGUUCCUGCUCAGGUCAAUAGCAACCCACCCUUUCUUUCUUCUGAUCAAACUCAGCCACCUGAAUCCCCUGAUCUAGUACAACCCACUGAUGCAGAGAAUAUGCAGAACAUAGAGCAAGUUUGGGAAGAAUUACUGUCCCUUUCAGAGUUACAGUGCCUGAACAUUGAAAAUGAUAACCUGGCUGAGGUGAGCACAGUGACAAGCCCUGAGACCAAGCCAGCAGAGAUGCACAACAGCUACAGUUACUGCAGCUCGUUACCCAUGCUGAAGAAGGAUGUUAACUGCAGUCCAGAUUUCCUGGAUGGUAUGGAGGGCCCCUUCUCGGGCAUUUUACCACCAGAAGACACCAGCCAGCUGAGUGUGAACUCUUUAAAUGACACAUCCCCUUCAAAUCCUGAUUUCUGUGAGGAUUUCUACACCACGUUUAUUGAUACAAAGGUGAACGGUGAUGCAGCAGCAACAAACACUAUCAGUCAGUCCCUGGCAGAGAUUCUAAGUGAACCUAUUGAUCUUUCUGACUUUGCACUGUGUAAAGCUUUUAAUGGCAACCACUCAGGGACCAGAGCAGAAUGUAAUGAUUCUGACUCUGGUAUUUCACUGAAUGCAAGCUCCAGCGUGGCGUCGCCAGAGGACUCUGUGGAAUCAUCUGCCUAUGCAGAUAAGACUUUGGGUUGCAGCGAUUCUGAAAUGGAAGAUACAGAUGGUGCUUGUGGAAGUAUGCUGCAGAGCAGUGCUGGUCUGUACUCUUUGCACCUCCAGGAUCAGGUGUUUUCUUCCUUAGGGCCAAGCACUCAAACAUCGAGUUUGCCACAUACAGCCACACCAAAGAAAGAACCCCCUCCUGCUCCUGGCCAACCCAGGGUUCCCUUCACAAAAGAUAAACCUCCAGGCCGCCUUGAUGCUCAUCUCACAAGAGAUGAGCAAAGAGCCAGAGCUCUGCAGAUCCCUUUUCCUGUUGAAAAAAUCAUCAAUCUCCCUGUUGCGGACUUCAGUGAAAUGAUGUCUAAGGAGCAGUUCAGCGAAGCCCAGCUUACGCUUAUUCGAGAUAUACGCAGGAGAGGCAAGAACAAAGUGGCUGCUCAAAAUUGCCGUAAAAGAAAACUGGAAAAUAUAGUAGAACUGGAGCAUGAUUUGAGUAACCUAAAAGAUGAGAAAGAAAAAUUGCUUAAGGAAAAAGGAGAGCAUGACAGGAGCCUUCAUCAAAUGAAAAAGCAAUUCACCACCUUGUACCUCGAGGUCUUCAGCAUGCUACGUGAUGAAGACGGAAAGCCUUACUCUCCCAGUGAAUAUUCACUGCAGCAAACUAGAGAUGGCAAUGUCUUUCUUGUUCCUAAGAGCAGGCAGUCAGGGACUAAACUUUGAAGGGCAGUACAGCUGGUUCCUGUUCUCUGAGUUACUAGUUUUGUAUCAUUAUCAUGGUAGUUUUUACUGUGAGGUGGAAUGCAGAAUUAAGUACUAUUUGUUAAGUAAGUCUAUGCAAUGAUAAUUUUAAAGUUGUUGAUUAGUUUAUGGAAAAUGCAAGUUGAAAAUUAAUCAGAUAAUGCGAAUGGGCGUAUACAAAAUUUUUAAUCUGACUUAAUAACAGACAUUUCCUUCUUAUAGCACCACUUCUGACUAGUUUCCAUAUAUAUGUAAAUAUUUAAAUAUACCAUAUUUAUAUACUGUUCCUAUCUAUUGUUAUAUUCAUAGAUUUGAUAUAUAUUAAAAAAUUAUUUUAGCCUUCUGAAUAUAAUUUCUUGCAAGACAACCAGGAUGGCUUCUUAUAUUUUUUAUAAAUAUGCAGUAGUGUUCCCCAUUUUUCUUACACAUUUAUAUUUGCUUUAUAUUUAAUACAUUAAUUUAGUAUAAAAGUUGACACUCAGUGUUUGAUUUUGCCUUAUCAGCUCAUUAAAGUUUUUUAACUCUACUUCAUACACAUUUAUUUCCUUAAAGGAGAGAAAUCCUUGCUAGUUUUCCAAAGCUAAGUCUUCCUGUAGCAUAAUUAUCAAUCACACACCAGUGUCAGCAUUUACCAAUGCUUCAUUCAGCUUUUUUUUUAAUAACCUUUGGAAAGACCAUGUAACACAAAGUUUCAAGUCUAUGCUAAGCUCACAGGUUUUGUUUUCCUCCUUGAACAUUAUGUAAAUUCAUGAGAUCUUUCUUCCAAAGGCAUUUAAAAUCUGUUAGAACAUUGCCAUCAUUAUGCCUUUUUUGAGCUAAAAUUUCUGCAGGCUUUUGAGCACUUCUCCUAGAAAUACACUACUGUGCCUCUGACUUCAGUCAAUGAGCAUCACCUCUCCCUGCUGGUACUUUGGUGCUUAUGGAAAACUGCAUACUAGCAGCCAUCCACCUGCCCUGUUUGAAAUCUCUGCUCAGUGAAUUGAAAUGCUUUGUGGAGUUCAAAUUAUGAUUUAUAAAAGAGUCAAAAAUGGGCAAAUAAAUAGCAUGGUUUUGUUUACUAUUCAAAAAAAAACCUCAUUGCACUUGAUUGUUUUGGAUUUUUUCAAUACAUAAAAUGUAUAAUUUGUAAGACAUGUUGAUCUGAACAUUAAAAACUAUCUUCAUCCCUGUGCAAGUUCUAAAAGGCAUGCUUGAUUUGAUUUUUUUCUUGCCAUUGAUGGGUGGGCACUGUGGGAAUGCAAGACACUGCUGCCACUUAAAGCAAGAGGACUAAUCUCUAUUUGAAGAUGGCAAUUUUGGAGCAUAGGCAUCAAGAAGCACACCCAGCCAUGGCCCCAGACAGUCAACACGGAUACACAGCAACUCUUAAACACAGGCAGGGGCUGAUGGCAAAGCACAGAGCACCUAAAACACUCCUGGGUUCCCUUUGCCAUUAACUACGCUAUCAAAUGUCUGUCAGAGAAAAUUCUCUCCACAGCUGCACUAUAAAUACCUUUAAUUACAAAUUGGCUGUAAAACAGACAUCUCAGUAAACUCCUGCCCUGCACUCCCAUUUGUUCCUUAAUUUCACUAAUGUGAAAGCCAAAGGCAAACAGCAUUCCUUACAGCCUUUGCAGGCACUGCUGUGUUUGUACCAUCCGUUUGUCUAAAACAAUACAAAGAUAUUUCUUCCAUUACCAAAACAAAAGUGCAACAGCAAAAAACCUGCAGUUAAUGCAGCAGCCUCGUUUGAAUUUCAUCAGGUGAAGAAUCAGUCUAAAGUAACUUGGUCUGUGACAACUUGCAUUCAGUUUAAACCAGUGUUCUUCACAUCAUCACCACAGUGCAUGCUGCUCUCCCAUUGAACCCCCCACUAUCACUGAAGAAAAAAAAUUACUCAUUACUCAUAUAUAGGAAAACAUCAGAUUGCAAAUUAUAACCUUCAUUUUGUUACUGUUAUUACUGAGGUACAGAGCAUGCUCCCAAAUCUAAGUGACUAGUGACAUUGCCAAGUCAAAAGCCUCAUGCUGCUGACCUCAUACACUGACAAGCUGCCACAUGGAGGCCAUUUGUUUCUUGAUCAAAACAUCCCAUUUUAAAACUAUUAGGAAUAAAGCUGAAAAGCUGGCCUGAACCAAGGGUUUUUGGCUUGCAGUCCCAAGUUGGAAAGAUGAUCCUGUAAGAAAAUGUGUAGCAAUAAUUCUAGACCACUUAAGUGUUCUUCACAGCACUAAAAAAAGGUGAUGCCAACGCAUUUUAGAUUGUAAGUCAUUUGACAAUAUACACUUUAUUCUGAUACAAAAUUGAAUUAUUUUAACAAAUUUUAAUCCAUUAUGGACUAUACUGAAAUUUUAAAUUUCCAUGCUAUUUUAACUUGUUUAACCACAAGUUUCAAGAUGUCAGCACACUAGCACCAUUGCUCUCGCAGUCUUUGCCAGUUAUACCAUUUUAUUCUGUUUCCAAUCUUGCGGUAUUAUCUUCUACAUGAAGGCCAUUUUUUCUUCUGUAGAGAUACUU